UUAGACGGGAGUGGUUCAUUCGACUUCGCGAACACUACAUCGCGACCAUCUGACAGGCUGAAAAAAAUUACGCAAAUAUUACGACAUUCACACAUUGAUUAACAAGGACUGAAAAUUACCGACAAACUGAGUGCUGCCCCCUCGUAGAUAAAACUGUAAACCUCGACGCUCAGUGGACAUAGUGUGACGGCGUGUUUGAAUGUGCGAUCCUAUUGGACUUUGGUGAUUUUAUUUUAUUAUAUAUUGUUUUCUUAACCCGGCCCUGGUGUGCCCGGAUUGUCCGCCUUUGUGUUUUGUUGUGAUUUAUUUUUGAUUGGAUUGUCACUUUAUAAUAUUGAUGUGACGUCGCUGCCAAAAUGGUUAAAACGUAAUCGAAAUCUGUGCCAAUUUCGUUGCCAAAUAUGAGGCUCUCAAGCUGGGGGAUUGCCGAUUUAUUAUAAAAAUAAAUUGAUAGGAAGCCAUCGUACUGAUGAUCCGGUGAAAAUUAAUUUAAAAAUGGGACGUCGCCGUUGGAGGCUCGUGACAAUCACGGCGUUCCUCCUAUGUGUCAUAAAAGAAACGCAAUGUCAAGAUGAAAACAACUAUUACUACACACCGGUAGAAAGAAAUUUUGCUCAAGUUCAACCACCUUUAUUUCCAAACAGCCGUCCACCGACGUUCUUUGAACAGGAUAAUAAUUUUAGAUCACCACCUGUACCACAAACGCUGCACAAUGAUGGCCACGUGAGAUUUCCUAGUCCGAACUAUAAUCAAAAUCCGUCACCAUUUCAAUUACCCACCGGUAGAAGUCAAGCCGGGACACCAUAUUAUCUAAAUCAAGCCGACUUUAGUCCAGCGCAGAGACAAAGAUUUCGACCAGCGUUACCUUUUAAUUUUCAAACAGUUCAUCCAGCCUCUACGAAAAGGCCAGAAGUAUCUCAAAUACAUUCGUUAGCAUAUCAAAAUGAUCCAUCUAAACCAGAGACAUUUUUGGGACAAAUUACAUUAAAUAAUCCUGAUAUUGACUUUUUACAAAGCAACAGAUUUAAAAAUAUACCAUUUGAUAACAAUAGCUUAAAGAGUAAUGGACAAAGUGGGCACAUCAUGCAUGAUGAAGAUAUUGAUAACGAUAAUCAAGAUAUCUUUGAACAUCACCGAGUCACUACUUAUAAUCCAAGUCGGUUGACUAAUAGACCAAAUACUGGUUUAAAACCAAAAACUACUCACUUUCCAAGUUAUGAUGCUUCCCUUGAUGAAAACCUGAAUUUCAGGAGCUCUCAAAAUAAAGAAUUAGAAAGAAACAAUUAUAAGAUACACAAGACAAAUCCUAUAUUAUACCACAGUUCUUCAACCGAAUACAAAGCACUUCUCGAUCUCGAACCUCUACUUGAGGACGAUAUAAGUGAUAUCAGUUCAUUCAGAGAAUUAAUGAAAAAUAAACAAGCCUCUUUUGAUGUCCAGGUAAUUAAAUCCAAUCAAAGUGAAAAUUUUGAAUUAGAAUCAGCCAAUGACAACAAACCAGAUGCAAGUUCGAUGAAUACUGAUAAUGUUUCAAAGACUCCUGAAUUAGUUCAACCACGCAUCACAUCAACUUCCACGUCAACAACAGAAAAAUCAGAUGACAAUCACGAUGAUAACGAAAGUCAUGAAGUAGAAGGAGAUGAGUAUGAGUAUUACGAUGAAACUGAUGAAGCUGAAAUAAAACCAACAACUCAAACUUCCCACGUUGAAACCGCAACAGAUUUUUAUGAUGAAUAUGACUCCACUGAAGAACAUGAAAAAGUUACAGAAGAGGCCAAGACAAACGCAACAGAGUCAUUUGACGUAUUAGUGAUGAAACCUGGUAAUAAUACAAUGGUUAAAGAUGAUAAUUUUAAACACUUUAUUGAUUCUACUGUAAUUGAUCAAAAUGACCGAGUAAUCCCAGAUACUACGUCUGCUAUUGUAAAUGAUUCAGCAAUAACUAGUGAAGAAGUUACUUCUGUUGAAUCACCAUCCAUUUUAGGACAGGAAGUUGUAUCCGUAGUUACUACAAAAAGCGUUGUUAAUGGUACUAUAUCUAUACCUGAUGUUACAUUUGCUCCUAGUACUGCUAAAAUUUCUGUAGAUACGGAAUCAAAAUUCUCAUCUACUGAAUCCUCAGAUGAAAAAACAGUUCAUGUAACUACAGAUAAUGUCAUAGUUGUAGCUUCAGUUCAGACAAGUAGAAGUGUAUCAGGAGCGCGUUUUUUGCCUUUUGCACCCGUGGGCCAAGAAGAUAAAAAACAAAUUUUAGAUGAGGGAACCGAAGAUGAAAAUUAUGAACCAGUUACGAAAGAUCCAGGAUCAGAUAUAAGUAACUUAAAUAAUUCCUCCUCUACCGAAAAUAUUAAUGAUAAAUUAGAUAGCAUCCAGUCAGAACUAUCAAGUGCAGUUUUGUCUGGAACAUUAGACAAGCAAAAUAAGAAUAUUGAAUUGAUAACAGAAUCUACAUCUGAACAAACUAUAAGAACAACAACUACCUCGACUACAACGACGACCACAACCACUACCACCACAGCUCCACCUAAUGUAUUUACUCUGAAGAGCACUCAACCUACAACCUCAACAGAAAGAUCAUCACCUGAUCCACUGCCGGUUUUGAUAAAAAAAUUUACACCACGAGUGACAACUUCUACAACUCCCAAACCAAGAAAGAAACUUGUUACAGUAAUGGAUGAUUUAGCAGGUUUAUUACCUCCAGGUUAUAGACCCAGGACAUCCUUUAAAGAUAAACGUACAAGUACUACUACUUCCACAACAACAACGACUACAACAAAUUCACCAACAAUAGCUGUAGAAGAGCCAAAUGGCACACAAGGUCGAUCUUCAGGUAUUAAUGCUAAAAACAGAGUAAUAGUGCUAGAUGUUAAGUCGUUACUUCCUAAGGAAUAUAAACCCAAAGAAAAAUCGCAAGAUGACCUCAUCAAAAAGUUCCAAAAAGAUGACGUUAGUAAAUUACUACCACCAGGGUAUAAAAACUCGAUGGAAGUUUCAAAUACAAAAGAGACAGCAUUGGACAUUUUGAAUAAAACUGAAAAAGUAGAUAUUUCUGCUUUCCUUCCAAAAGGCUUUAAAUUAAAUACCUCAACGUCUUCAACAGAAAACCCUAAAAUUGAAGCAAAAUUACCAAUAAAAGCUGAACCUAUAGAUAUUACUGCAUUUUUACCACCAGGGUUUAAACUAAAUUCAACCGAUGGUGACAGCAAAGCAUCACUAAUACCAAAAAUCAAAAUUGCUGACGUAUCAAGCUUAUUACCACCUGGCUUUAAGAUUAACAGUACAGAGGAGCCAGUGGUAGCUAUAACAACAACCAAAGCUCCUGGUGGAAUUAAACUAGUAUUUCCAUCUAGACCAGGUAGUAAAUCAACAAGGAAAUCGACUCCCAAACCAAGUGGUAGCCUUGGUCCAAUGCCAGUAACCCCAAAGAUCCAAAAAGGAUGGCCGACAAGAGCAUCAACGGAAUUCACUGGCUGGCCUUCACCUUCUACAACUCCUUUCUCAAUUGAGAAGUUACUUGAAGCUCAAAGAAACGCUACUGCCACUAGCCCUAUGUCAGAAUAUAGUACCGAACCUACAACCAGGCGCAUAACAACCACGACCACGACCACACCAGCCCCUCCUCCGUCGACAACUCCUGGUGUAUGCCGAAAAGAAUGCGAUAUAGCAGCUACUAUUAAAAUUGUUGCAGGAGUUCAAUGGAUACCAGAGUUAUUAGAUCGUCAUACAGAUGAAUGGCAACAUUUAGCUAAUGAAGUCAAAGAUGAGUUGAAUUCCGUUUACUCAAAAUCAGAUGUUUUGAAAAAGUGGUAUAAGAAUAUUCGCAUUGAUGGGUUCAGUCCUGGAUCUGUACUUGUCGACUAUUUUAUUGAGCUCAAUGACGUCAGUGAGAGGAUUGAUACGAUAGAUUUAAAGAAAAUGUUCCAUCGCUCUCUCCACGAAGCUAAACCUGGUUCCGUAGUGGAAACAGUAACAGAAGAAUCGAUGACCUCAUUUGAUCCUGACAUGAUGAUGGGAGAUCAACCUGAGGAGGAUAGGAUGAAAAAAAGCAAUGAAAAGAUGACUAAGACUAUUGACAAAUCUGCUGGAAAACUGGAAAUCGGAAAGUUUAUUAUGGAUCCCGCAUAUACUGAAUUCAUUGUUUUACCGAAAAGGGGAGAGCUGAAGCCAAAAGAGCCUGAAGAAGAAUCGUUCCUUCCUCAAUGGGGUAUUGCUGUGAUUGUAAUAGCACUCGCAUCUCUUCUCUUCGUUGUUAUUUUCGGAGUCACAGUGCUGGUGAACCGUCAGAAGAACGCUAAAGCGAAGGCGCCAAUACCACUCAGUGAGGACAUGCUUCGGGAACUGGACAAAAGUCAUAUGGGAGGUUUUGAUGAUAUGCACCAAUUGAAGGAGAGAGAACUGCCUUAUCUUCCAACAGGAAAGCGCAUGUCCACUGCCUUCAUUGAGCAGCUGGCGUAUCCUAAUCCCGGGGACUCCUGGAGAUCAGAAUGGACGCCGCAGAUGCAGAAGUAUAUGCAGCAUUACACUCCAGACUCGGGCCGGGGGUCGCAGAUAUACGGAGCGGCUGGAAAUGCGUAUGGGUACGCCGGUGGUUCCCAGCUGUACGGCCAGACCGGUGGAGGCUCUCAGGUGUACGGCUACACCGGCGAGUACCCGCGAUCCCACUACGGCCGGCGCCGCUCAGACUACGAUAGCAACUUCUAGAACCAAAUAGAACAUCUUCGCGAGAAUCAAUACUCUCUUUGACAAUAUUAAAUCCUCUCUAACCUCAAAAAUUCAAAAGUAAUUUCGCCCCAUAGGUUGCUCAGCUAAUAUUACAGUCAUUUCGAACAUCAGCAACAGGUUGUGAAAUAAGUUUAUCAUCGACGUCAUCAUAGUCAAAAAUAGUAUCGUAUUUCAGAAUUUUUACAUACGUAUUUUAUAAUAAUUCAUGAUAUUUUUAAAAGCUUUUUAGUCCGGCCUAUAUGGACAAUUUACGAGUAUAAAGUGCCAACCGAAAUAUUUACGUUGCGAUUCGAAUACGAAUAAAACCAGACAUUUUAUAAUAAAAAUAGUUUUAAAAAUUAUCUGCCAAAAUAUAUAACUAUACGACUGAUUGUGAGAUGUAAAUAAUAUAGAAUAAGAACUCACUAAUAUUGUAAGUCGAAAUUAGUAGUAAUAAAGCCUUGAUUGAACAUUCGUGCGACUAUUACGAAUAGAGAAAUUUAAUCUGUAGGAAUUUGAUUCCUAAAAUAAUAGUAAGUAUAUGAAUAAUGGAAUAAAAUAAAGAUAAUCGCACGCAUGUACCGAUCGUUGGCAACAAAGUAAAUAUUUCUGUAGAUAUCUCUUUGCAUCUGUAUUUGCUCAGAACCUGUAGUGGAGCGUCAGUGGGCCGCGUGUGAGCGUUAGACGCUUCGAUGUGCCAAAUGUUCGUUCGUCUUUGUGUGUAAAUAAAUACGUAUAAUGUUUACUUCGCAUAGAUAUCAAUAUUGUUUUUAGGUGCAUUAUUGCCUCUGUUGGGCUUCUAUGGCUUUUUCUAGCUGACUUUUAAAUGUAGUAGUUCACAAGGAAAACAUUACCAUCACGAGUUUUUAAGAAUUCAUGCAGAAUGCUCUCGAGUAAAAUGAAAGCGCAGUUGAUGUAUUGAAUGAAAUUAAAAAAUUAAAACACUGCCACAUCUAUUGUUUAAUGAAAGUGUCGUUAUGCUUGUUACAUUUACUAUUCCGCAAUUAAUUAGAGAGUAGUUUACAUAUUUAUUUAACUGCACCUGAUAGAGGUUUGUAUGAUAGGUGGGGGAGCUCCACUUUGCAGGUGUGUGCUAGGCCUAACGCUACAAGUUGUGGUCAUACUUAGCAAGUUGUAAUUAGCAGGAAAUAAACACUACCCAUAUGGCUUAUGAUACAUCAAACAUUUUCGGUAUUUUUUUCAGCACGUUUAAUAUUAAUUACUUAAUCCGAUAUUCGAUAUUUGCGAUGAUGAAUUACGUAAACGUUGUCGCUCGUAAUUUGUAAAUUUCUGAAAUAAUGUUCAUAAUAAUUAUGUGCUUACCUACCAAUUAGUAUAAGUACACUUAGUUGCAUGAAAAUUCGUGUAUAUAAAUCAAAUUUUUGUACAUGUAGAUUUUUAAUUUAAUUAUUGAAUUAUUUAGUGACAAA